CAUACCCACAGGUGCUGGCACCUGGCUGUCCUACCUGUAUCCCCCUUUCAUGGUCCUCGCCUGCCCUCCCCCACCUGUGGCCUUUGCUUCAACUCUGCCAGCCUCCCCUCCCUGCCUCCUUCUCACUGAGGCCUGCCCUGGCCCCUGCAAACAGCAGCCCCUCAUUUCUCUCCCCUGACUUCUUUUCCCUCAUAGAGGAAAUCAUGUGUGUCACUGGAUGCAUUAGUCUGUUCUCACGCUGCUAUAAGGACAUACCCAAGACUGGGUAAUUUUAGACUCAAGUCCUUAUAAAGGAAAGAGCUUUAAUUGACUCACAGUUCCACAGGGCUGAGGAUGCCUCAGGAAACUUACAAUCAUGGUGGAAGGGGAAGCAAACAUGUCCUUCUUCACAAGGUGGCAGGAAGGAGAAGUCUUGAGCAAAAGCGGGGAAAGCCCCUUAUAAAAGACCAUCAGAUCUCAUGAGAACUCACUCAUUGUCAGGAGAACAGCAGCGUGGGGGUAACCACCCCCAUGAUUCAAUUACCUCCCACCGGGCCCCUUCCACGACACGUAGGAAUUAUGGGAAUUACAAUUCAAGAUGAGAUUUGAGUGGGGACACAGCCAAACCAUAUCACUGUAUAACACACUAAUUAGUUUAUCCUGUGCACUCCUGUGCCCCCAAUGAAUGUGAACAGCCUAUAGGACGGACGUCACUUCUUUGUCCACCCCAUAAAUGUUUGUUGAAUGUUGAAUGAUGAUGGGACAUCAGCAGGCAGAGGGAUGAAGGGCAUUUUAGGAGCAAGAAUUUGUUGGAAGAUUGUAUGAAAGAACAGGGUCUGUGCUAGAAACUAGUGUUGCCAACAGAAACCUGGGAGCAUUUCUCAAGUGAUGACUUAUGAUCUGGGAAGCUGAGGGAUUGCCUCUGCAACCUCUGGUUCAGGGCAGCUUGUUUGUAUUUCUAAGUGGAGAACAACUUUUGAAAGAAAAAAAUGUUGAAAUCCGAUUAACAUUUUUUUCCAAACAAAAAGAAACACAGGAGGAUUCGAUCCAGUUAGACCCAUUCCCACUAAUCCCGUUUGUCGCUUUAAAAGAUAGUGAAGUUUGGGAGGUUUCUCAAUCCAUUAAAAUGAGUUCUUGACUUCACAGAUUAUAAUUUUUGAAAAUUAUUUCUCAUCCUUGCUUGAUUGAAAUGAAGACAACAGAACAUUGGCUGUGGGGGCUGGCACAAAAUUAACUAACCCUAAAAUACUAGUAUAGCUUAAACUUUCGUUUAUUGCUAAAAAUUUAUCACUGCUGUUUCCUGUGGGGGUGUGGUUGAGCAAAGUGUUUUGAGCUGCAUUUAUGCGUACUUGACACUUACGCAUUUUGAUCGAGGUGAUUUAGUGGGCAUUUUCACUGGGACAGGGAUGCUUGUAUGUGUAAUCUUAUUAAAGCUAAUAAAAACUUACUAAAAGCUAAUAAAAGCUUACUAAAAGCUUCUUGCUUGAUUGAAACGAAGACAACAGAACAUCCCAUGGUCUGGAACCUGAUGACUUUGCUCAAGUUUUAAUGUGGGUUCAUGGUUUAAGGAGCUGGUUUUUCAGAAACUUUAGUUUGAGCCUUUUUACAAUGUGCACAAAGAACCCGUUGCUGUAGCUGUCAGGGUGCCAGUGUCUCUGGGCGACACACAUUGCUGUGGUUUUUCUCCGCUUGGUGAGCAGAGAUAAAGGGGGCAGCAGGACCGGGCCCACCAGCCAUCCGGGCUGCCCACGCAAACCACAGGGCCGAAUCCGGAGCCGCCCAAGGGCCACACAGCUAAGCCGAGUGCGUGAAUGCUUAUGUGACCGUGUGAAGGAGAUUCCCACCGCGUGGCUGUGGGGGAUGGAAAAAGGCUGCUUGGAAAGAUGUAGAAGACCUUCGAGUAAACAGUUACAUUUCAGAAACAGGGCCUGCUCAGAAUGUGUACUUGGUGGGAUUCUAUUCUUAGGGACGCUUCUUUCUUCUGAGAUACCCGAGCUCUGUGGCGAGUGGCACAGGCAGGCCCCCUUCCUUUCCUAGUUGGGUUCUGACAGCUCCGAGGCAGUGGUUUACACAACCGACACGAAACAUUUCUAGGAUCCACCCGAUUCCUCCCCUCAUUGAUAUUCAGGAAGCAGCUCUCCUUCCCCUGCCUUCAGCUCAAGUUUGCUGAGCUUUUGUUUCAUUUGUGAAUACUUCUUGCUGGAAGUCCCUCACCCAGAGACCAGUGCUCCCAACGGCAGAGCAGCGGGGGAGGUAAGUGCUCAGACAUUAAGCCGUUAAGUAGAGGCAUGUUUUGCAAUCUCUCGUUUAGCUACCAAUUGGAGCAGUUUAAUGUGCUUGAGUCCCCGGCGUGAUGUGUUCAUGGACGAAGUUGCCGAUGGAUGUUGUCAGGUGUUGCACCUGGAGGGCCCAGAUGGAUCAAUGAGGCAUUUAAAGUGUAGAAUCUCACCCUGAACCCAGACUAUUCAGAUAAAGAACUGGUGACACGUGGCUGUACAUUCAGCACAGCUGUGGUGUCCCCAAGUGCCAUGACCCAGGAGCCAUUCAGAGAGGAGCUGGCCUAUGACCGGAUGCCCACGCUGGAGCGGGGCCGGCAAGACCCCGCCAGCUACGCCCCGGACGCGAAGCCGAGCGACCUGCAGCUGUCGAAGAGACUGCCCCCCUGCUUCAGCCACAAGACGUGGGUCUUCUCUGUGCUGAUGGGGAGCUGCCUCCUGGUGACCUCGGGGUUUUCGCUGUACCUGGGGAACGUGUUCCCGGCUGAGAUGGAUUACUUGCGCUGUGCUGCAGGCUCUUGCAUCCCCUCGGCAAUUGUGAGCUUCACCGUCUCCAGGAGGAACGCCAAUGUGAUUCCCAACUUUCAGAUAUUGUUUGUUUCCACGUUUGCUGUGACCACUACAUGUUUAAUUUGGUUUGGAUGCAAACUAGUCCUGAACCCAUCAGCAAUAAAUAUCAACUUCAAUCUCAUCCUGCUGCUCCUGCUGGAGCUGCUCAUGGCGGCCACGGUGAUCAUCGCUGCACGGUCCAGCGAGGAGGACUGCAAGAAAAAGAAGGGCUCCAUGUCUGACAGCGCCAACAUUCUGGACGAAGUGCCAUUUCCUGCUCGGGUCCUGAAAUCUUAUUCAGUCGUCGAGGUAAUCGCAGGCAUCUCUGCCGUCCUCGGGGGGAUCAUUGCCCUGAACGUGGAUGACUCAGUUUCAGGCCCACACCUCUCAGUGACGUUCUUUUGGAUCCUAGUGGCCUGCUUUCCAAGUGCCAUUGCCAGUCAUGUGGCAGCAGAGUGGCCCAGCAAGUGUCUGGUGGAGGUCCUGAUUGCCAUAAGCAGCCUCACAUCUCCGCUGCUGUUCACAGCCUCUGGAUAUCUGUCAUUCAGCAUCAUGAGAAUCGUGGAGAUGUUUAAGGAUUACCCGCCAGCCAUAAAACCAUCCUACGAUGUGCUGCUGCUGCUGCUGCUGCUGGUGCUCCUGCUGCAGGCCGGCCUCAACACGGGCACCGCCAUCCAGUGCGUGCGCUUCAAGGUCAGCGCGAGGCUGCAGGGUGCAUCCUGGGACACCCAGAGCGGCCCGCAGGAGCGCCUGGCUGGGGAGGUGGCCAGGAGCCCCCUGAAGGAGUUUGACAAGGAGAAAGCCUGGAGAGCCGUCGUGGUGCAAAUGGCCCAGUGACCCCCAGACGCGGAAACCGGGUGGCAGCGCCCAGCCUGGCCCCAAGCAUGGAAACGCACAACCCCUAAUCGCCCUGAGCUACUGCUUCUAACACCUCUUUUCCCUUGUGUGAGGGCAAACCAGGCUGCAGGUGGGGUUUUCACUUCCUAGGGUAGUUUAAUUUUAAAAUAGGCCAAUGUUGGCUAGUCUGUGCCUCAGUGAGAUCAGUCAGCUCCGAGUGGCUCCCGUGUCGUAACAGCAGGAGCAUGGCCGCAACUUCCCAGGCCGAGGAAGGGCCCCCGGCUCGGCCUCUUUAGAGCCCCACCCCUGAGCUGGCCCCAGCUCCUCUUCCUGCCUCUCUCAUGGCUUGGGCUGGAGUGGGCUCUCUGGACCUGACCGGGGGUCAGACUGUGGGUCCCUGCGUCUCCUGUCCACUCUGACCGGGCUUCCUCCCUCCACGCUUAGGGUCUGUCCCGGGUACUCAGUCAGCCCAGUGGGAUCUUACCCACUUCCCUGCAAGGUGCACCUGCCCCAGGCUCAGGCUGCCCAGCGGCUCUUCCUGGACAGUGAGAGCAGGGCUGGGCGCCUCUGUCCUGGCCCGGGAGCCGCAGGGGCCCCUCCUCCAGAGCCUGGGCGCAAGCGACACAGGCUGCCGCUGCUCUCCCAGGUGAAAUCCACACCAGUCCACGCCGGGUCGCCUGCCCUGUCUCCCUACUUAGACCCAGUCAUUCUAGAGGGAUCCACCGCCACACUGGCUGGCCCACGUCCUGGGCACGGCCCACGUCCUGGGUGCUGUCAUGCCCAGCUUGGAGUGCCACAUGGCCGCUGCCCACGUCCCGGGCACUGUCGUGCCCAGCUUGGAGUGCCACGUGGCCGCUGCUGUGACAGGCAGUGUUCUUGGGGGUGGGGCUGCAUCCAAGGCUUUGUAAACCGGCUGGACCACGUCUCCCUGGCCCCAGUGACCGGGGGGAAGCUGAGCCCCUCCCUCCUGUGUUUGCUCCCAUUACUCAAAAUGCAGGACAGAUCAGGUCAGAGCCCAGGAAUUCUCACAGGUUCACCCAGCGCCCUCUACCUCCUAGCAAGUACUUUGUCUUGAUCCUCACUGAGAAGUCACCAGGGCAGCGGUCUUCUCCAUCUCUGCUGUUUUGGGGUCUUAGGGUACAGCCCAAGCAGUCACUGCCCACCUGCCAGACUGCAGGGACAGUUGGGCGUGAGAAUAACACUGGCUUUGGGUAGUGCCAUGGCCAGGAGUGGGUUUCCCUGCGUCUCCUCGUCCCGAGGGCGCCUGGGUCCUCCCAGCUGACACGGCAGUAAAUCCGCAGUGAGAUGGGGCGACUGUGAAACUGGGAAUGCUGUUACUUUGACAAUUACUUUCCAGCAGGUGUUUUCCUUCACAAUGGUUUUGUUUCUUUCCUUCUGAUCUGAGAAGACAUGAACGUUUUCUCUUCACCGCCGUGGGGUGUAUUGACUGGUCCCCCAUGGGCUGCUGGAAAGGCCCGGAGAUGCAUCUGUGGCCUGGGGCCAUCAAGAUCAAAGAACCAGGAGGCCUGGGAGAUGCAGCUGGAUGGGGCGGCCUGCAGACCCUGCCAGGGGGUUUGAGGACCCUCCCAGGUUUCCCACUGCGGAACAGGAGUGACUCUGGCUGCCAAGAUACCUUCAUGGUGUUCAUGACAAGUGGAAUCAUUAUUUUCAACCAUUCAGGGGGGAUGCAGGCAAGACACCUUCCCAGCUGCUCCUAAAGGGGACAAGCCAGGCCCUCUCUGCAGUCCUCGGCAGCUCCAGAAGGACACAGUCAGGGGCCGGGCAAACACUUUGGCCACAGCCCCAAACAAGCGCCACCGUGGGAGAGGAGAGGCCGCUGUCACUGGCACCAGAUGCAGACCCCACCCUGUCUGCAGGCCACCCCCACCUCCCUGCAGCUUUGAGGCUGGCGGGGUCUGCCCCUGGGAAUGGGGUGGGAGCCACAGGGACGGCCCGGGGCGGGCUGAUGUCUUCUUGGGGGCAGACCAGAGAGCUCAAGUUUCAGAGUCAGAAUUAGGCACUUGGAGCGUUUUUGCUGGCUUGCACUUUCUUAUUUUCUUAUUUUAGAGCGCUUAAAAAAUCCGGAAAAAUGGGGUUUAAAAGAACUGUCUCUUUCAGUCUACAUUUUUGUUUAAUACGCUUGAGCAAUAAACGCUGACUUGCAGACGUG